CCUCGAAGCCGACAUCUACGAGCAUUUCUUGGCUGCAUAAGCUGCUGCAGUCAACACGGAGAGCACUGCAGGGCGUGCAAGGCACCAAUGCGAAAAGCUGCAGCCGCUAUCGCGGGAGGCGCCGCUGCAGCAGCGAUCUACCUCGCACUGAGACGCCGCCGACGAAAAACGGACGACGCACGCAUCAUAGAAGUCCUCGACUUCUGGUUUAAGGGAGCCGACCGCGGGCGCAAGCUCUGGUUCGCGCGCGGCAAGGAUAGGGACGCGGCGGACGUUUUAGUGAGAGACCGCUUCGCGGGCGUCGUCGAGGAGGCGCUCUCUGGUAAGUUGGAGCACUGGCGCCGGACGCCGCGCGGUUCAAUCGCGCUCGUGGUCGUGCUCGACCAAUUGUCGAGGCACGUGCACCGCGACGAGGACCACACCCUUACUGCGAAGAGGGCCGCGGAAGUGUACCUGGAGGAUUUUGGGAGAUGGGACCCGCAUACGAGUCUGACGCCGUCGCAGCACGCAUUUGGAUUGUUGUCGAUGAGACACGCGAAUCGUUACAAUUACGAAGUAAUUGAGAAGCUUAUUGAAAGACGCCAAAACCACGACAAGCAGGAAGCCGAGGUGCUCGACAAGUUUCGAAGAGCUACACAACGUCGACGGCGCGAGCGCGCGGAGCCGCCGGGCGGAAGACCCAAUCUGAACGGUGAGGACGCGGAGUUGCUCGAUACGCGCUGUACCAGUGGAGGUACGUCGAGCAACGACUCGGAAGUCCAUGGCGUGCUGAAAGAAUUCUCAAAAACGCAUGACAAAUGCGCCGUGUCCUUAUCUGGCGGAGUAGACUCGAUGGUCCUGUUAUAUGUCCUUUCAAAACUCACAGAUGUGUCAGCGCUACACAUCAACUACGGCAACCGUCCCGAGGCGGACGCGGAGGCGGCGUUCCUGGAAAGGUGGUGCGCAUCGUUACAGAUACCUCUGAAGGUGCUACGAAUGCCUUCACAUUUGCGACGCGGCGUCACGGAUCGCGAACAGUACGAGAAGGAAGCUCGAGAGCUUAGGUUUGCGUUCUACCGGGAGGAGGGCGUCCCCGUACUGUUAGCGCACCACCGCGGAGACGUCAUGGAAAAUUGUAUCUCCAAUGCGCUGAAGGGCGCCGGGCCUUUGAGACUGGCGGGCAUGAAUGCACGAGAUAGGUUGUAUGACGUCGAGAUACGGAGGCCUCUUUUGACUUUGGACAAGGCGCAAAUUCUGAAAGUCGCGUAUGAUCACGGCGUGCCGUUUUUUCGCGACUCGACGCCGGCCUGGUCGACGCGCGGGCGGUUGAGAAAUGAGGUUUUACCUCUCCUAAAAGAUGUGUACGGUGCUGGUUGUUUGGAGUCUUUGACUCAACUGGCGGAGGACUCCGAUCAACUACGAGCAUUGUGCGACCGGAGGGUGUUCCAUGAGGCUCAUUCAGCUGUGUCCAGAGGCAGGCUGGGCGUGCGCAUCGCUCUAUUGCGGUUUAAAGAUGAGUCCCCGUUCUUCUGGAGGACGUUUCUUGGGGAUCUCGCGGACUCACUCGGAAGAGGUCGCUUGUCGCGGAAGGCGAUCAACUUGCUCGUGCAGCGCUUAAAGGGCGCGCGCGGCGUCGCCUCGAAACCGGUCGAGGGCGCGUUACCCGUAGAGGGCUGGCUCGAGCUCAAGAAGGGCUGGCGGUCGUAUUUGGAUGAAGAAGGUGCGUUGUACCUCUUCGACGACGCGGUGUUCGAAGGUAAGGUGCCUCAUGGUGCCGCCGUCCCGCUGGAUGCGACGACGCGAUUCGGGCGCUGGACCGUGGUCACGACGCGAAUGGACGAAUACGACGAGUGCGACCUCGCGGAGUUUGUGGCGACGGGGCGGUUCGCCUACAAUGUGCAAUGUGCGGGCUCGUUGACGCUGGCGCCGCGCCAGGGCCUCCGCAAGUGCCGGCCGCUCCAGCGCCUCGACGGAUUGACGAAGUCGCCGCGGCUCAGAGAUGUAGUGCCCGUGCCCGUCGGAAAGGGAGACCAGUGGGUCCGCGUCACUGUAAGUUUGAAUGUCAUGUACCUUUACUCACAAACGUCGAGAAGAAGCCCG